AUGGAAUCAAAAAUAAUUUUGCCUGUAUCUAGCUUUUUGGAUCAAAAGCAAAAAACAGUAGUAUACAACAUUUCGGGUUCUGUAGUUGAAUUUUGCCCUUUUGAACAGUCAUCAUCUUUACUUGCACUGGGUAAUAAGCAGGGGAUAAUACUUUUGAAAAGAACAUUUUUUGAGAUCGAUGAAUUAGGAGAUGUUUCUAAAUUACAAUUUAAAGAGAGAUGGGGCCUUAAGCAAAUCCUUUAUGUUCAAUUAGGAGCUAGGGUUACAUCAAUUGCUUUUUCUCCUACAACAUAUACAGAUAUCGUAGAUGUGGAAAAAUUUUCAGUAACAUUGGCUAUUGCAGCUGAAGAGAAUAAUGCAUGGUUUCUUAAGUCGUCUUCUGAAUCUAAAGAUCCAAAACUAGUAACCCUUGGAGGAACAUCGGGUCAUCAAGAUUUUAUUAAUGAUGUCGAUAUUACAUAUAUUAACAUUACGGAUGAUGUUGAUAAAAUGGUUUUUACUGGGGAUAUUAUUGCGACAGGAGGUGACGAUUGUACUGCAAUAGUAUGGAGAAUAACUAAUGAUUCUCCUCAAAUAUCUGCCUAUAGUACAGGGUCACCUGUGGUUAGUGUUAAAUUUCAUAAAUUUUAUCCUCGAAGAUUAUUAGUUGGUGAAUAUAAUAAAACUAUAAAAGUUUUGGACUGGGCAGAUGCUGGUGGAAAAUGGUUAAUUGGUUUGUGUUUAGAACAUCCUCUUUAUACCUCAGUAAAGUCCAAUUUAGCUACAUGUCUUGUAGAUGUAGAUUGGAUUGGUAAUAAAGAUGAUAUUGGCAGAAUCAUUGCUGCUGUUAGUAAUGGGUCUUGGUUUCUUUGGAGUUUUGAUGGAAAAAAUAACAAUAUAAGUGCUUUUCCUAUUGUUAAAGGCUGUAUUGGUAGCCAAGCAAAUGUUAAGCAGAUAAUAUUUCGACCAGGGCAUCCUGAUAUUUUUGCAAUUUGUUUUCAAGGAUUUUUAAAAUCAUCUAUAUCUCAUAUAAAAUUAAUUAAUGUUUUUGUUGGUAUGGACCCAAUUGAUAUUGUACUUCCUCUUCCUGAAACAUUGAAGCCUGAGGAUUCAUAUAUCAGUUGGCAUGCAAAUGAAGGCGUUAUUGCUAUAUGUCGUAAUAGCAGUUUAAUGAUUUCUUGUAUUAUGGAUGAUAAUUUUUCUUUAAAUAUGCGUGAUUUUUAA